GAGGCGACAGAUCUUUUAGAGAGAGAAACAAUGACUUUUUUAGAGAGAGAAACCGAAUAGACUUCGGAUCAAAGAACAGAACGGCCCCUUCUUCUCUCCGCCACCCAAACCCUAAAAAUUCAUAGACUUUUUCUUUUCUUUUCUUAUUUUUAUUUUUGUUUUUAUUUUUGUUUUUGUUUUCGCAAUCUUUAGAUCUUUCGCUUCUGUUUCUGUUUCUGUUUCUGUUUCUGUUUUUUAUUAUUAUUCAUUUAAUUUUGAUAAAGUAGAUCUGCAUAUAUCGAGCCUCUUUUGAUUUAAUUGCUGAGUAUUUUCUUUUCGUAAAUUGAGGUUAUUGAAGCCCUAGGUUUGGAUUUUUUGUUUCGUGACUAUAGGGUUUUGAAGCCCUAGCUUUGGAACAUGGGUUAUUUUAGGGUUCUUGAGGGUUGAUUUCGUGAAGUUAGGGUUUAUAUAUUACAUGAAUGGAGUCGGGGGCUUUAGGGGAUUCGGAUAAAGAUCUGGAUUCGAGACCGAGGGUUCGAUGGAACGAGAAUAGCAAAGUUUAUACCCGAAGGGUCGCCAAGAAAGCCCAAAUAACCAGCAUCACUUGCGAUUCUGCCACUACCACCGGUACCAAGAAUCCCACAGCCUCAAACACUUCCACCACCGAGGAUCCUGCCGCCGCCGAAGUUCCAUUCUCAACCGUUACCACCGCUGCGGCUGAGAACCCCACAAGAGACGCCUCUACCUCCACUCCGACGGCUAUCGCAGACUUCCCUACUGCGACAAUAACUGACCACCGUAAGAGCAGCGACAAUGUUGUGACAGAAUUUUCGAAAACCCCUGAGGUUGAUGAUGUAGAUUCUUCUCCGCAGAGGCAGCAAGAGCAGUACCCUCAUCAAGAACGGACGUCCUCGAAAACCCUAGUGCCCAAAGUUGCAGAUGCUUCUCAGCAGCAGCAAGGACAACAACCGCAUCAAGAAGAUGGUUCAAGACAGAAUCAAGUGCGAGUAGGGAAUAAGAUCAACAACUUGAAAGAAUCAUCACCCCUGGGCAGUGCAGAUGAAGUGCCACAAAAAAUUGGGCAUGGGCCAGAGAGUUCGAGAGAAUCAUCACCACAGCCCAGCGCGAAUGAGCUGCCAAAUUGUAGGGAAUCUUCUAUGGCACAGUUGCCCCGUGGGUAUGAGCUUCAGAAUGGUAGAGAAGAAACCCUAGUUCCCUCUAUCCUGCCCAGUGGGGAGGAGCCAGUAACUGUGAACGGAAACAGGAAACCCCUGGUGGUGACCAGGAUUGAUGAUAGGAUUAGAUUUAAUUUAUCUGAAGCAACGCCAAGGGAUGAGAUUAGAGAGCUUAAGAAGAAGCUAGAGGGGGAGCUUGAGCAGGUUAGGAUGUUAUUUAAACAGUUAGAAGCCAAGGAUGCUAAUAUUAACAGUAGUAUUAUUAGCAGUAAUAAUAUUUUGACCGGCAGUGUUGGUGCUAAUUUGGGUGGGUAUAUUCAACCUCAACCUCAGUAUGUGAGAAAUGAUGCAGUAGAGACGAGGGUGCUAUUGAGACUGAAUUCAGAGGCAACCAGGCCGAUGGGGUUAGCAAGAGUGAAUUCUGAUGUGGGUGCGACACGGUAUAUGAAACCAAGGCCUUACAGUAGGCAACUAAGUGUUGCAGUAAUGGAAAACAAUCCCGGGGUUGGUGAAUAUGUGGAAAAGGAGAAAAGGACUCCCAAGGCAAAUCAGUAUUACAGGAAUUCAGAGUUUCUUUUGGGUAAGGAUAGACUGCCUCCUGAAAGCAAUAAGAGAUUAAAGGCAAAUAAUAAGAGGAAGUUUGGUGGACAUGGAUUUGGCUUUGGUUUCGCAAUGGAUAAGAACAUGAAUCAGGUGUUCAGGAGUUGCAGCAACUUGCUUCAGAGGUUGAUGAAGCACAAACAUGGAUGGGUGUUUAAUGAACCUGUGAAUGCCAAGGCACUGGGAUUGCGUGAUUACCAUGAUAUCAUUAAGCAUCCUAUGGAUUUGGGUACAAUUAAGAAUAGACUGUCACAAAAUUGGUACAAGUCUCCAAGGGAGUUUGCAGAGGAUGUGAGACUUGUGUUUCGGAAUGCAAUGAUCUACAAUCCAAAAGGGCAGGAUGUCCACAUUAUGGCUGAACAGUUGUUGGAGAUUUUUGAAGAGCGAUGGGCAGUUAUAGAAGAGGAGUAUAAUCAUUAUUGGAAGUACCAAAUGUAUCAUGAUGUGGGGUUGCCCACUCCCACUUCAAGAAAGGCUCCACCUCAGCCUCAUUUUGCUCCCCCUGCCUUUUCCUCGGCUCCUGUUUCCGCCUCUUUUCCUGCCCAUGCUCCAUCUGCCCCACAGAUGAUGACUUUGGAUAGGUCGGAGUCGGUGGCUACACCUAUAUCUCUUGAUCCCAAAGUUCAGCGUACUCAUGUUGGUAGGAUGCCUGUUCCAAAGAAACCUAAGGCGAAGGAUCCCCAUAAGAGGGACAUGACUUAUGAGGAGAAGCAAAGACUUAGCAAAAAUCUUCAGAGCUUACCUUCUGAGAAGCUCGAUGCACUUAUUCAAAUCAUUAAGAAGAGGAACACUGCUCUUUCUCAAAAUGAUAACGAGAUUGAGGUGGACAUUGACACUGUUGAUACGGAAACCUUGUGGGAACUUGAUAGGUUUGUGACUAAUUUCAAGAAGAGCUUGAGCAAGUACAAAAGAAAAGCGGAACUUGCUCUUCAAGCUAGAGCAGGAGCUAAUCUGACUGUUCCCGUGAUGGGUACAACCCCGGCAAUGGCAGAGGUUCCUAUAGAAAGUGGACCAGUAGUUGGAAAGAUUUCUGCUGCUGCUCCUGUUCAAGUUGAAAAGCUGGGGUAUAAUCCGAGUAAGUCCAGUAGUUCAAGCAGUUCUAGCAGUGAUUCUGGAUCAUCUUCGAGCGAUUCCGAUAGUGAUAGCUCCUCUGCUGAUGGGUCUGAUGAAGAGCAUUGAUCUUGUAUGGAUUUUCUUGAGACCCUUCUGAGGGAGCAGGUGGGGAGUGCUGGUGGAUGCAUUGUGUUUGACGGGUUAGGUGUAUGACUUGGAGCUUGCUCUCAUUCGUAACUUAUUUGGAACUUGUAGGUCCUAUUUUUAAGGCGGUUUCUUUUGUUGAGACGAAUGUGUAUUUUUGAAUGGUUAUAAAGAACUUAGCAAAUGUAAAUUGCUGUGAUAUGUACCAAUUCUAGGUUUUUUAUUUUUAUUUUUAUUUUUUCUAGUUGUACAAGGCUUGUGGUAGGAUUUUCAUGGGGUAACAUCUGAUGGUGACAAACUUUUUGAGGUUGGUAGAAUAUGAAAAUCAUGUAAGUAUGGUAGGAGUAGCUGAAUUGUAAUGUUUUUUUUAUUUCCCCACAAAGUAAUGUUGCUCAUUGUAUCAGUUCCUGGUGUCGAAAAGGGGAAAAAUAGUGUAUUGUGUACAGAGCUUUUGGACCUCUUAAGUGUAGUGUUUGAUUUUUGUUUCGAGUUAAAAUUUGGGUAUAGAGGCUUUGUAGAUUUUGGCCAAGGCAUUGUUUUGGAUGUCAAUUCCCUUGUACA